AGAGGGCGGGCGGGGUGAGAAGCAAACUUUACUAGGAGUUUCGCACUUCGUGGCAGAGCUUUUUCGGCUGAACCCCAGCCGGGAAACGCCGGAGUAACGGCCUCUUCCACUGAAGAUCCAACCGCAACUGGACGACCGCGGAAGCGCCACCUCCGAGAUGACUGUAUGUAUAAGCCGCUACUUCCUUCUACAAAGCCCCCUCAUUCUCGUGUCCCGCCCCCGCAAUGGUGUAUAAGUAUAGCAGCGGACACAACUGGCAACUUCAAGAGCCAAUCCACUUGCCGUCUUUACUUCCGUUGCCCAAUCAAAGCGACGAGGAGACGGGAUGAGCAUUGAUAAUUCCUCUCCGGCUCUUACUACCAGAAAACCACGUCCCCCGAAGGGCGGUGGUUUGGGGAUUGCGAGAGGGAGAGGGCGGAUCGAAAGAAGAGCGGAAGUGCUGGCGCAUGCGCAUUUCUACCUCAUAGGUUGAAUCAAAAGGGGGAGGCCGCUGGCCCGCGCGGGAGUAGACCUACCAUUCCACGGCUGGACCACUACUCCCGGCAGCCUCGACAGCUUUUGCGCCUGCGCCGUUAAUCACCGCCCUCCCUUUGUGUCUCCUCAUGGAGUUCAGUUUCGAACGGCUUGGAGACAAAGGGGCCCAAGAGUGAAGCUGCUCUCCAGUGCCCACAGUCGCUGCAGAGAGCGAGCGAGCCAGCCAAGCGAGAUUCCUUCCCCUUUUCUCCCUAGAUCAUCCAUUUGCUUCCGAGCUCUUAGCCCUUUAUCCCGUUUCCCGUUCUAGGUCAUGAAAUCCGCUCUUAAAAGUCUGCCCCACGCAGUUCAAAAGACCACCGAAAACAAGGCGGGGCAAACAUCCAGUCCGUCAGGAUUCUGGGGCCCUUUGGCUUUCCGGUCUCUUCUCCCUAUCCUUCCUCUGUUUCUCUCCCCUCCCCCCAUAUCUUCUCUCCCCACCCUAACCUCCCGGAUUUAGGGCUUUCCGAAAAGCUCCAGCACAGCGCAAACCCGUCGCCUAGACAACAGGGACAGGAGCGCGCGGCUGGCCCCGCCCCUUCCGGUCGUGAGACCCCGCCCGCCUGACCUCCUGCGGAGGGCAGUAGCCGGCGGCGGCCGGGAACCCGCUGCGGCCUGCUUUUGUUUCCGUUACUCUUCAACUGCUUCAAUAUGGGUUUGAACGUCCGCAUAGCCCCCGGAGUUGCGAUUAAGGAAGGGGACCCCGCGGGGCGAACCUCUCCGCAUCUACUGGGUUCCUCCGUGAUUGCUCCAAGAGCUGCACUUGCCCCGCGUGGCUGUCUGUGUUCCACUGGUUUGAUUGUAUUUUAAACCCACUUCUAUUUUGAUAUUUGUAUCGCCUUUGAUUUGCUAAGGUGGAGAGGGAUACUUUGUCAGUUUUAGCUCUCCCACCAGGGUUUUCUGUUUUGUUGGGAGCUCCGUCAGUGGAACUGUAUAUUGUGUUCUGUAAAUUAACCUCAACUCCCAACUCUUGUAAUGUUUCUGUUUCAAUUCAGUGAUGUCAGGACGAUUGUCCAUUUUCCUUAGCUUUAAUUUGGAUAGUGUCGGAAGUCAUCUUGUAACUGCCGGGCUUAUUCUCUUGUAUUACAACAUACACCACUUUAGGCCUUUAAAAAAAAGUUGCAUUGCAGCUUAAAUGUAUACACAUCCUGGUGCUAAGAUUUUGAAUGUUCGAUGAAACAAUAUGGUGACAUCUAAAACCAUUUGGGAUUUUUUUAAAAGUACUAUAUGUAAUUCAGUUAAAUUUCAGGCUAAUCCAAAAUUUAUAAAAUAGAUGAACCUCAGUAGUCUUAUUUCAACGACCUCUGAGGGUAUUUUGUGAUAUGGAUGUCAAUACAGCAAAUGAAACUAAAUUGAGCUGUUUUGCUUUUCGAAAUGAUUUGUCCACAGUGGAACAUCGCUGUGGUGAUAACAGUCUGAAUAAUUACUCUGAAGUAAUGGAUUUGAUCUUUAUUCUUAAACCCUCUCACCCUAUCCCUACAUCAAGAGAAUGUUCGCUUUGAUUGAUAUUCAGGAAAAUGGCUAAUCUCCUUAUGCUCCCACUUUUUUUCAGCCUUGACCCAGUUAAAAGCAAAAGAGUAAAGUUUACUUCAUUUCAUACAGCACACAUUUAUUGGCCACUACUCUGCACAAAGGACUAUAAUGCUAUGACAUUGUAUGGAAGCAGAAUAGAGGAUAGAGAAUGGUGUAAGUUUGUAUAAGAAAAAUUAUGCCCUCUCCUCAAAGACCAUACAAGUAAUUUUAAAGUACAAUAGCAAGAAAGGGACAGAUUCUUUUAAUACUGUAUUCAGUGGUUCUACAAUGAGUGGUGUUAAAUUGAACACAGGAAUAAAGUUUUUAAGUAACAAUUUAUUUCUUCCAAAGAUAAUCAAGCUGCAAUUUGACCUGGGUUAUCAUUUUUAAAAAUCAUGGAUUCUAUCUGAAUAAUUAUUUCAUCCAUCUUAUUUUUUCAUGGACUUCACAGACAUAAAUUAAAAAGGUAGCUUAUUAAUUUAAUAAGAAAUAUUUAAUGAGUGCCUACCAUAUGCCAACUUCUGUUCUAUGAACCGGGGAUACAAUGGUGCAUAAGGAACUUACAUUCUAGCCUUGAGGCUAAAAUAUUAGAAAAUAACUUAUUUAUUUAUUUAUUUAUUGGCUUUACAGAGUUCUUAAUAUACCAAUGGCUUCACAGUUUUCUGACCAAGUUUUAAAAACCAGUAAAUAAAAUAAAAAUAUGCAUUUAAAAAUAUGUCAGGAAAAGUGCCUAAUUUUGAAGUUACUUUAAAGAAUCUUGGUUGUUUAUGUUUUGCUCUUUGGGUUGUGUUGCAAAAAUAGAUGUUAAAACUUUUUCUAAAAUUUAUGAAUAACUGGAGAUGCUUUCAAACCUAUGGCAGAUAAGAUAUGAACAUAUAAUUCUUUAUCUUUUGAGGUACUUGAAAACUAAAUGCUAACACAUUCACCUCAAAUUACAAAAUUUUGCCUUGCAAAGAACGCAUAACACUUAAAACUACAUUUUUGUUAUUGUAGUAAAGGACAAAGAAAUGGUAUUUGUGAUAUUUUAGAGCCAUUAAUUUUUCAUACGCUUCCUUGGUCUGACCUAGACUUGGGAGGGGUCACUUCAAAUUAACAGAAUUCUCUUUUAAGGUCAUAUAUGCUCAUACAUCUUCCUAGUCACUUUUACUUUGCUUUAAUCUCAAUCUCUACAAAAGGAAUCGUGUUUUUAACUGUCCUUCAAUAAUGUGUUAUUCUUAGCAUUGUUUUGAUGAUUCCUAAAAGCCUGUAAGAAAGGGUAGAAUUGCUGCCAGUCAAGGGCUGAACUGUUUCCUGAAGCCAAAAGAUACCAUUGUUAAUUUAAAAGUCAUGAUUUUCUACAGCCAGUUCAAAUAUGCCAGCUCUUACAGAUUUAUGUACAGGAUUUAGUGUUCAGUGUUACUAAAUCUGCUUCCAAAACAUCUAUUCUAACCCCUUUCUUGCAUUCUGUUCUCACAGAUUGCAAUUAAACUUUUUGUGCAUUUUCUUAUUUUAGAGGCACAUCUGAUUUCUGCCCUUACAUUUUACACUGACGAAAUGGCCUUCCACCUGCACAACAGGUGUAUUCCAUGAGACAUUAAUUCAGCAACAUUUAACAAGCCCUUUUCUGGACUCAGUGUUGCAUACAGUGAAAGAAUUAAGAAGAAUUAAGUCUAAAAUAUUCUUUUAGAGAGAAAAACAUACACAUUGUAUUACGUAGAAACAAGAGACAAUUACAAAAAACAUGAACAUAGUACUGUGCAGUCAGUUAAGAAUGAUAAUAUUCGAGUAGAAUUUAGUCAGGGAGCACGUGCAGUUAGCAUUAAUGGAAGGGUCUCCUAAUUCUGAAAAACAGGUUUUCUAACAUAUUAAGAGUUUUACAUUAAAACGAUAGUUUACCUUAGACUAUUGUGCAGCUUGAAAGAGAAUUGCAAAGGUGGACUCCAGGGAUCUUGAAAAAAGUUUUUCGUUGGUGAGUACUCUAGGGACAUACUUGUAUGUCUGAGCGUUUGCCUUUCAAUAGCACGACCAAAACAAACCUAAAAACAGAAUUGAGGAACCUCUGUGCGGUUUUGAGGACUGCAUAAGCAAAGGGGAUUUUUUUUUUUUUUUUUUUGACACUGUUUUGCAAGAUACUAAAAGAGAGAGGAAGUUACGGGCUUAUUUAUCGAGAUAGUUCGAAAGUAACUUCAGGAGAAUCCGCGUAUUUAAAAAGCACGGUAUAAGCCGCAAUUCAGAAUGUUUUUGUUCUUAAGAGAUGGGAUGGUAGAACUUUUAACCUAACAAUGAAUCCCAAGCGGACAUUUCCUACUACACGUGCAUAAUGAAUGGAUAGCCGAGACACCGGAAGGGAGUGUGUAUGUUUAUGAGUGUGGGACUGCAAAUGCGCUUUACAAGCCGGCGUCACAGGCUGCCGCGGUGAGGCGGUAAGUGCCCCGCACUGUAAAAUCUCUUCCAGGCUGGGACAGCACCAACUUGGUAGCGGCCUCUGGGUAACCCAUCCAGCCACGGGGAGACCGGAUUUUAAGUGGCACCAUGCCCAGUACCGACAUGCACUUAUUAGAAAAAGUCCCCCAUCUCUGUGGAGCGAAGCGCGGAGCCCGCCGCGAAUCCCGCCUCUUCCUACGACCUAGGGGCGGAUGGCAGCCUUACGCUUGUGGCAGUUUGAAGACACUGAAUAACUACUGUGUUCCAGGCAUUGUGGGAAGCACUUAAUGCUAGUCUCCAGUGCCGCCUCCGGCCGCGGCCUGCUCUUUUCUCCAAAGGACGCUGGCACCCGCCCGCCCAGCGUGGCGAAAGCAAACCCGAACCCAAACCCAAACCCAAGCCCAGGAGAGCGAGGGGCCUGCAAGGCGCCGGCAGCAAGGGGUCCGCGGACUAUGCUGUGGACAAGCGGGGCCCACCUGCCUUCCGCCGCUCGCCCGCUGCGAUUCAGCUGCUUCUGCCUCCCGCUCUUCCGGGCUCCGCCGGGUCUCAGGCUCGGGGAGCGGCGGCAGCAUGACGGCCAGGCUGUGUCUGGGGGACGCCGGCAGGACUGGCUGCAACCUUCAGGCCAUGACACCGGCGUCAAGGUCUACAACAGUCUCACCCGAAGAAAAGACCCUUUAAUAGUGGCCAAUGCGGAAGCCGCCUCCUGGUAUAGCUGUGGACCAACUGUGUAUGAUCAUGCACACCUUGGCCAUGCUUGCUCAUAUGUUAGAUUCGAUAUAGUUCGAAGGAUCCUAACCAAGGUUUUUGGAUGCAACAUAGUGAUGGUGAUGGGAAUUACAGAUGUGGAUGAUAAAAUAAUCAAAAGAGCCAAUGAGAUGAAUGUAUCACCCACUUCUCUUGCCAGACUCUAUGAAGAAGAUUUUAAACAAGAUAUGGUAGCCUUGAAGGUUCUUCCACCUACAGUGUACUUGAGGGUAACUGAAAAUAUACCUCAGAUAAUUUCUUUCAUUGAAGGAAUAAUUGCUAAUGGGCAUGCUUAUUCAACAGUGAAAGGCAAUGUCUACUUUGAUCUGAAGUCAAGAGGAGACAAGUAUGGUAAACUAGUCGGUGUGGCCCCUGAUCCAGUUGGAGAGCCAGCUGAUUCUGACAAACGGCAUGCCACUGACUUUGCCCUGUGGAAGGCAGCUAAACCCCAGGAGAUUUUUUGGGCAUCUCCUUGGGGAAAUGGAAGACCUGGCUGGCAUAUUGAAUGUUCUACCAUAGCAAGUUUCGUGUUUGGAAGUCAAUUGGAUAUCCAUUCAGGUGGGGUAGAUUUAGCUUUUCCACAUCAUGAAAAUGAAAUUGCGCAGUGUGAAGUCUUUCAUCAGUGCAAGCAAUGGGGAAAUUAUUUUCUACAUUCUGGGCAUUUACACGUUAAAGGCAAAGAAGAAAAAAUGUCCAAAUCAUUAAAAAACUACAUAACUAUUAAGGAUUUUCUAAAGAAGUUUUCGCCUGAUGUCUUCCGGCUCUUCUGUAUGCGGAGUAGUUACAGGUCAGCGAUAGACUAUAGUGACGCUGCCAUGUGUGAAGCUAAGCAUCUCCUCCUUGGGAUAUCCUCUUUCCUUGAGGAUGCACAAGCCUACAUGAAAGGACAGCUCGUGUGUGACUCCAUCAGGGAAGACCUAUUGUGGGAAAGGCUAACCAACACAAAGGUGGCUGUAAAGGCUGCAUUUGCAGAUGAUUUUGACACACGGAAAGCAUUUGAUGCCGUUAUGGACCUCAUUCACCAUGGGAACAGACAGCUUAAGGCAGUUACUAAGGAACCAGGUGGUCCUAGAAGCCCUGCUGUGUUUGGCUCCAUGAUUUCCUACAUUGAACAGUUUUUAGAGACUGUUGGAAUUUCUCUGGCAAAUCAACAGUUUAUUUCAGGAGACAGCAGCUCAGCUACUCUGCACAGUGUGGUUGACGAGCUGGUCCAGUUCCGUCUGAAGGUACGGCAGUAUGCCCUGGCCACCCAGGAGGCCAGCAGGGAGGCCCGGCAGCAGCGGCUCCUGGAGCGGCAGCCCCUGCUUCAGGCUUGCGAUGCCCUGCGCAAGGACCUUGCUGUCCAUGGCAUCAACAUCAAGGACAGAAGCAGUACAACAUCUACAUGGGAACUACUGGCUCAAAGAACAUCAGACCAGAAAACAGAGAACUAAGGAUUAAAUAAAGCCAUGUGGAACUGGAAUCACACUUUCAUGACAGGUUCUAUGCUUCAUUGUUUACGAUAAAAACUUUAUAUUAAAGUUUUUAUUGUGGCUGUUAAGUCAAUAUUAAAAUAAACUGAUAACUUUCCCACUGGUGCUUAAUAACUAUGCCUUAAAAAUUAAUUUUUUAUAGUACAAGUGGCCACAGACACAAAGUUCACUUUAGUAAAAAUUCAUGUCAAAUAUACAGUGGAAGCCAAGUCAGCAAAUGUUGUGUUUAGGAAAACACAGCCGGUUGUUAUGUCUGAAGAUAUGACAAUGUAGGACAGUAAAACCAGGAACCCAAAGAAGCGUGAUGUGAGACAGCAUGUGCUCUGCUGUAAAAGAGGGGGAAACACAUGGUGCCUGGGGCAGAAGACUGCGUGGUCCAGGGCUGACCGCCAGAGGUGAGCAGGACUCAAAAAGCAGGUGGGGAUUCUAGCAGCACCCUCCAUGAGUCCGUCACCCCUUUGUCUUAAGCAGGGGGAAACACACACAGGAUAUGGCUGCUGCCCCACUUUGUCUUAAGCAGGGGGAAACAGGGAAAGGGAAACAUCCCAGUAUCUCGGGAAUUCCAGGCAGUGCUGAACAUGGGAGGCUUUUUCCCCACCAAGGGGAUAAUAUAUUUUUACAUUUUCCUGAUUAGAAAAGAAAAUGGGUUCUUCAUAGAAAAAACAGAGCAAAGGAGAGCUCCUGCAAUCAUACAAACACAGUUAAUAUUUUGAAAGCUAUAUUUCAUCUUUUAUUCUGUGUUUAACCUCUUAAAAGUAAAUUGGUUGUCACUGUGUGUGGCGAGUUGAAUUAUGUACCCCAAUUUAGACAUAUUCUUGAUC